AUGACUGAGCUGGAGAAUACUGAGGGCACAGGCUUCUCUGCUCUUGUCUAUAACCCUCCUAAUAUAUCUGCUCUUGUCUGCAUCCCUCCUGUCAUCUCUGCUGUUGUCUAUAUCACUCCUGUUAUCUCUGCUCCUGUCUAUAUCCCUCCUGUUAUCUCUGCUCCUGUCUAUAUCCCUCCUGCUAUCUCUGCACCUGUCUAUAUCCCUCCUGCUAUCUCUGCACCUGUCUAUAUCCCUCCUGUUAUCUCUGCUCCUGUCUAUAUCCCUCCUGUCAUCUCUGCUCCUGUCUAUAUCCCUCCUGUCAUCUCUGCUCUUGUCUAUAUCACUCAUGAUAUCUCUGUUCUUGUCUAUAUCCCUCCUGCUAUCUCUUCUCCUGCAUAUAUCCUUUCUGCUAUCUCUGCUCCUGUCUAUAUAUUUCCUGCUAUCUCUGCCCCUGUCUAUAUAAUUUCUGGUAUAUCUGCUACUGUCUAUAUCCAUCCUGCUAUAUCUGCUUUUGUCUAUAUCCCUCCUGUUAUCUCUGCUCUUGUCUAUUUCCCUCCUGCUAUCUCUGCUCCUGUCUAUAUCCCUCCUGCUAUCUCUGUUCCUGUCUAUAUCCCUCCUGCUGUCUCUGUUCCUGUCUAUAUCCCUCCUGCUGUCUCUGUUCCUGUCUAUAUCCCUCCUGCUAUCUCUGCACCUGUCUAUAUCCCUCCUGCUAUCUCUGCUACUGUCUAUAUCCCUCCUGCUGUCUCUGUUCCUGUCUAUAUCCCUCCUGCUGUCUCUGUUCCUGUCUAUAUCCCUCCUGCUAUCUCUGCACCUGUCUAUAUCCCUCCUGCUAUCUCUGCUGUUGUCUGUAUCCCUCCUGCUAUCUCUGCUACUGUCUAUAUCCCUCCUGCUAUCUCUGCACCUGUCUAUAUCCCUCCUGCUAUCUCUGCACCUGUCUAUAUCCCUCCUGCUAUCUCAGCACCUGUCUGUAUCCCUCCUGCUAUCUCAGCACCUGUCUGUAUCCCUCCUGCUAUCUCUGCACCUGCCUAUAUCCCUCCUGCUAUCUCUGCACCUGCCUAUAUCCCUCCUGCUAUCUCUGCUCCUGUCUAUAUCCCUCCUGCUAUCUCUGCUACUGUCUAUAUCCCUCCUGCUAUCUCUGCACCUGCCUAUAUCCCUCCUGCUAUCUCUGCACCUGCCUAUAUCCCUCCUGCUAUUUCUGCACCUGCCUAUAUCCCUCCUGCUAUUUCUGCACCUGCCUAUAUCCCUCCUGCUAUCUCUGCACCUGCCUAUAUCCCUCCUGCUAUUUCUGCACCUGUCUGUAUCCCUCCUGCUAUCUCUGCCCCUGUCUAUAUCCCUCCUGCUAUCUCUGCUCCUGUCUAUAUCUUUCCUGCUAUCUCUGCACCUGCCUAUAUCCCUCCUGCUAUCUCUGCACCUGUCUAUAUCCCUCCUGCUAGAGAAUGA